AUGAGUUGCGAUGAUAAACAUCAGGAUCGCCAUGCGAUAAUCGACUCCAACGACAAUAUAGACCCCGGGAAAUCGAGGCCGCAUAAACACAAACGCAGCAAAUCGCGCGAUAUCCGAUUUCCCCGGACAAUGAGUCAGAUUGCUUCUUCGACUGGUGCUGGUGCCAGAGCUUUGCUUCCGACUUGGUCGGGGUCAGGUAGUAAGGAGAAAGAUCGCGAGGGUGAUGAUGGGUUGUUGAGGCCGGUGACGCGGGAUACUUCUCGGACGCGAUGGGGGUCGGAUUCGACCAGUGGUGUUGGGACUGGGAGUAGGAGAGGCAGUUUCCUAGAAGGGGUUGAACAGAGUGAUAGGAUUGGUCCGCCCAGACAGCAGGAGGUUCGCUCGCCGGGGGACUUGGAGCAGGUGACGAGUAGGAGAAAGCAAGCAGAGGAAUAUCUACGAUCCGCACUGGUAUCAAUUGGGACGCUCGCAACGGACACCACCCGCCGACUUGACUACACGUACUACAAUCUCUUGGAAAAGAUCACCGCAUUGAAUACGACCAUUAGCUCCUUUCAAGGCCUGGCCGACUCAACAUCAACAAUAUUCAACGAAUUCGAACGAGAAGUCGCGGGUAUGUACCAGGAGAUCAACAGACAGGUCGGAGAACUCGGCGAAUUCCAGCCCCAACUCGAGAAAGUCGAAGCUCUCGAAGAACGCAUGAAACGAAGCAGAGAAAAGGCCGAGGCGCUUGAGGGCAGACUUGAGAAGAUGAAAGACGAGGUUUCCCGCUGGGAAAAGAAAGAGGUGGAGUGGCAGUCUCGUGUCAAUCGGCGACUACGCAUCUUCUGGGGCGUUGUUAUGGCUGCUAUGCUGGCUCUUGUGAUUGCUGUGGUUGUCCAAAACUGGCCCUUUGUUGAUUCUUCUCAAGCGCGUUUGCGAACUACGUCGUUGGAUAACCAGACCUCGGGCAUUCCCUUACAUCGAGAUUCCACUGCGAUUUCAAAGAUGAAAGACCAGAAGAGCGAGCCUAAUCUUAAUCAUCGUCAAACUGCGAGCGCGGCAGGCACGUCGCCCACUGAAGCCGAUCCUCUUAAGAUGUUUGACGAACUUUGA